AACGGCGAGGAUGAACUCAAAGCCUUCCUCGAAGCAUCCCGCGGGGGCGGAACAAAACCCUUCCUAGAGCAAACGCCAUCCUUUUCUCUGCUUUCGCCGGCGGCCAUCUCCACUUCAUCGACCUCCUUCUUGCCGCAGGCGUCGUCUCUCUCUCCAUCUCUAAUGGCGGACGGAGUCGAAGCAGCGGUGGAAAGCGUUGGCGGCCUCUCCAUGGACUCAUCUUCGGCCGGAGCCCCCAGCAAGAACGCUCUCAAGAAGGAGUUGAAGAAGAAGCAGAAGGAAGAGGAGAAGCGGCUCAAAGAGGAAGAAAAGAAGAAGAAGGCCGCGGCUAUGGCGAAUUCGCAAUCUCAAAAGCCAGCUGCUGCAGAAGAUGAAGAUAUGGACCCUACGCAAUACUAUGAGAAUAGGCUGAAGGUCCUUGCAUCCCUGAAGGCAGGUGGAGUGAAUCCAUACCCUCAUAAGUUUCAUGUAUCCAUGUCCGUUGUGGAGUAUGUUGAGAAGUAUGGAAGUUUGAGCGAUGGGGAGCACCUCAAGGAUGUUGAAGUCAAUUUAGCGGGGAGAAUUAUGAACAAGCGUACUUCUUCAUCCAAGCUUUACUUUUAUGACUUGUAUGGUGGCGGUGUUAAAGUUCAAGUCAUGGCUGAUGCUAGGGACUCAGACAUGGAUGAGGUUGAAUUUGCCAGAUACCAUGCCGGUGUGAAACGUGGUGAUAUUGUUGGUAUAUGUGGAUAUCCAGGAAAGAGUAAAAGAGGAGAGCUUAGUGUCUUUCCAAAGAAGUUUGUUGUCCUAUCCCCUUGCCUUCACAUGAUGCCAAGACAGAAAUCUGCCCUCGGUGCUGAUAAUGCUGGUGCAAAGAAGAAUGAAGGGAAAACAACAAAUUUGUGGGUUCCGGGAAUGCCAAGGAAUCUUGAAACAUAUGUCUUGAAAGAUCAGGAAACCAGAUAUCGUCAACGGUAUCUUGAUCUGAUGUUGAACCAUGAGGUUAGGCAAAUAUUUAAGACCCGGGCAAAGAUUAUCUCUUACAUCCGAAGUUUCCUCGACAAUCUUGGUUUCUUGGAGGUGGAAACACCAAUGAUGAACAUGAUUGCUGGUGGAGCAGCUGCAAGGCCUUUUGUUACUCAUCACAAUGAACUGAACAUGACGUUGUACAUGCGUAUUGCGCCAGAGCUUUACCUAAAGGAGCUGGUUGUUGGUGGGCUGGACCGUGUUUAUGAAAUUGGAAAACAGUUUAGGAAUGAGGGGAUUGAUUUAACUCAUAAUCCUGAAUUUACUACCUGUGAGUUUUAUAUGGCUUAUGCGGACUACAAUGAUUUGAUGACACUCACUGAACAAAUGCUAUCCGGAAUGGUCAAAGAGCUAAGAGGUAGUUGUAAAAUAAAAUAUCAUGCAAAUGGGGUGGACCAGGAUCCAAUAGAGAUUGAUUUUACUCCUCCAUUCAGACGAAUCGACAUGAUUGAAGGAUUGGAAGCUAUGGCCAACCUCAAUAUACCAAAAGAUCUUUCAAGUGAAGCAGCAAACAAAUAUUUGUUGGAUGCAUGUGAAAAAUUCGAUGUCAAAUGCCCCCCUCCUCAGACAACUGCAAGGCUGUUGGACAAGCUUGUUGGGCAUUUUUUGGAGGAGACGUGUGUAAAUCCAACUUUUAUUAUUAACCAUCCAGAGAUAAUGAGUCCAUUAGCCAAGUGGCAUAGAUCAAGAGCAGGCCUGACUGAGCGGUUUGAAUUGUUUGCUAACAAACGUGAGGUAUGUAAUGCAUACACGGAAUUGAAUGAUCCUGUUGUACAACGUGAACGUUUUGCUGAACAGCUGAAGGAUCGACAAUCAGGUGAUGAUGAGGCAAUGGCUUUAGAUGAAACAUUUUGCACUGCUCUUGAAUAUGGGCUGCCACCAACUGGAGGCUGGGGGUUGGGGAUAGAUCGGCUAGCGAUGUUGUUUACAGAUUCUCAAAACAUAAAGGAAGUUCUUCUCUUUCCUGCCAUGAAGCCUCAAGAUGAGCCUUCUAACAAAGCUUAGUUGGAUCUCUAACAAUUGGACCUGAUGAUGAAGUUUUGCCCACAUUUAUUUUGAGGAGGCAUAUGACUGCUGGCACCCACACUUUACUGCAUCAAGGAUAGGUAAUAUUAUAGUCUCCAGAAACGGCAGUUGUGUUUAUUCAAUUUUCUGAGUAUAGAAACUGUUCUUAUGCUUCUUACACAUCCAAUUGAAAUAUGUGCUAAUACUUGUUACUUCACUUCUAUUCAAGUUAAUGUGAGCUUUAUUUACCCUAGUGUGGAAUAUGUUUCUUUAUACGAGUAUAUUAUUU